AUGAGUGGUUUGCCGCGACUACGGGGUUUGAAUCCUCUGCGUCUACUCAGCACCAACAACAACCGGGGUCGCUUCACAUACCAGCAAGUACCCAAUGGCGGCAAUGCCUCACCGUUUGACUUCCAGAAGUACUCAUGGCCGAGUGCGGCCCGGCGCAUCUCCUCUACGAAGCUUGUCGCAUUGGCGAUAGCAGGGAUUGUGGUCGUGGUCUUGCUGGCUGGAGGAGGGUAUAGAGGUGUUCAGAGACAUCAUGAUCGGCCGACGGAGGAUGAGGCGCCCUUGCCGUUCUACUGGCAGCACUAUUACCGCCUGAAUGGCUUCUACAAUGGCGUGAGGACGUUGGUGUCGGCGGCAGAGUAUGUGCCGGAGAACGGGUACAACAUCUCCAUCCCGCCGACACUAGAAGUGGACUCUGGAUUGGAGAAAUCGAUGUCGAGAUUACCCAAGGAGCCGCCGAUCGACCCGAUUAAAUAUGACCCUUACCCCUUCGGCGACGAGACAUAUCUCCGCGACUACGACCAGGUACAUCAAUGCUACCUCGACGCAGAAGAAAAGACACCUGCGCCAGAUGUCUACGCCUACCCGGCUGUGCCGCAGCACAUGGCCCUCCCGCUCUUUGGGGACUACAAAGAGCUGGGUAUGAAAGAGGAUGUCUGCUGGGAGCGAUUCGGAAGACUGGGCGCAUAUGGAUAUGGAUACGGUCCUGCUGAGGGCGGAACAGGACUGGGAAAUGAUUCGGAGAGUGCAGGGAGUGAGAAGGUGUUUGAGCGGGUGGGUCAUGUGGAUUACAGGGGGAUGGACUGGGGUGCCGCGCAACGACGAUGUUAUGAGAAGAAUGAGAGACGAUUUCGGGAGGAGCAGCCCAGUGGGAAGAAGCGGGUGCAGAGGCAUGCGUAUGUUUUGCGGACGUGGACGGGCUAUCAUUACUCGGAGCAGCAGAUGCUGUCGUUGCGUGCGAUGAUUAAUGAGUUGAGUUUGAAGAGUGGAGGGCAGUAUGAUGUUCAUCUGCUCGUGCAUGUCAAAGACGACCAUAUCCCGAUCUGGGCUUCCAAGGAUCUGUACCGGAAGACAUUAGAAGAGAAUGUCCCCAAGGAGUUCUGGAAUAUCAGUACCCUCUGGUCGGAACGGCUGAUGGAAAUGUACUAUCCCGAACCCUUCCCCGACAACUUCGCCAACAUGGCUGGCGCGGGAAUCCACGGCGUAUACCGCAGCGCGCAUUUCGCUUUACAAUGGUUCAGCCAGCAGAGACCCGAAUACGAUUUCUACUGGAACUGGGAGAUGGAUCUGAGAUACACAGGCCACUACUGGGAAUUCAACGAGAAGAUCGGGGACUGGGGCCGUCGGCAACCUAGAAAAGGAAUGUGGGAACGCGGCCGCCGUUUCUGGAUCCCCGAACUCCACGGCGAUUAUUCCAACUUCACCCAGUUCGUCGAGCGCGAAACCUGGGAGAAGGACGUAGCGGCGAACGAUAUCGAGCGUAGCGGUCCCGUUCCCAUCUGGGGUCCCGUCCAGCAAUUCCCACAUACGGGUAUGCUUUCCCCGCCCAACGCCACCAUACCACCUAGCUCCUACGAUGAAGACGAGUACACCUGGGGCGUAGGCGAGGAAGCGGACCUCCUAGUCUUCAACCCGCUCUUCGACCCCAGCUUGACCAACUGGGUCUUCUCCUGGGACGUCACGGGGUAUAACCGCUCCCUCCCCAUCCCCCCUCGUCGCGCCGCUAUCAUCACCGUCGCCCGUCUCAGUAAAAGGUUACUCGAUACCAUGCACCGCGAAACCUGGCAAAUGCGGCACACCAUGUUCCCCGAAAUGUGGCCUCCUGCAGUGUGCAUGCAUCACGGUCUCAAAGCUUUAUAUGUCCCGCAUCCGGUGUACUUCGACCGGGAUUGGAAUGUGGCGACUAUGGACCAGAGUUUGAAUUAUCCCAAGAAUAUCUGGGAGAGUCCUUUUGGGUGGGGGGAGCAUAAUUUGCUGGGGAGCUCGUUUUAUUAUAAUUCGGGGUUUUCGGGGGCGUUGUGGAGACGGUGGUUGGGGCAGAGUGAGAAUGGGGAGGGUGGGGGGGUGAGCGAGAGGGAGGGGAGCGGGAGAUUGUGUUUGAGGGGGACGUUGCAUCAUCCUAUUAAGCAUGAGAAUGGGCCGACGGAGUGA